UCACAACAAACAUGGCGUCCGGAGGCGGCUGACUGAGGGCAGACGCUGCUCAUCCUCCAAACCCGCUUCACCGAGAACGACUUUCUGUUGGUUUCACUGAACAUCGGGUCUCCCGCGAUCUCAGGAUGGAGCCCGGUCCUUUCCCACCGGAGGUGCCGGAGAGAGGAGUGUGUGUUGUCGGCUCGGAGCCGGUGGAAAACUACACCGUUUACAUCAUUGAGGUGAUGGAUGGAGAUCACAAAUGGACUGUGAAGCACCGUUACAGUGACUUCCACGACCUCCACGAGAAACUGACGGCAGAAAAGAAGGUUGACCGACGGCUGCUUCCUCCUAAAAAGAUUUUGGGAAAGAACUCAAAGAGUCUGGUGGAGCGGCGUCAGAAGGAGCUGGAGCUGUACCUGCAGACGCUGCUGCAGCAGUUCCCACAGGCCACACCCACCCCGCUCGCCUCCUUCCUUCACUUUCACCUUUAUGAAAUCAACGGCAUCACAGCAGCACUGGCUGAGGAGUUGUUCCACAAAGGUGAGCAGUUGCUGCAGGCUGGCGAGGUGUUUUCUCUCCAUCCUCUGCAGCUUUACUCCGUCACUCAGCAGCUGCGUCUGGCCAAACCAACCUGCUGUAAUGGAGAUGCCAAAACCGACCUCGGACACAUCCUCGACUUCACUUGCAGGCUGCGAUACCUCAAGAUCUCUGGUACCAGUGGUCCAGUUGGAACCAGUAACAUCCAGGAGAACAGUCUCCCGUUCGACCUGUCUGUUUUCAAAUCAUUGCUGCAGAUAGAGAUCAGUCAGUGCAGCUCGCAGCAGAUUCAAGGUUUAUCUUCGCUGAGGUCGAGUCUGGCGACCAUGAGUAUCCACCGCUCCUCGGAAACAAUGAUGUCGAUCCUGGUCCCGGAGGCGAGCGAGUUCUCACAGUGGGAGCCUGAGGGGGCGGAGACUGGGUGUCCGGUCACUGCUGUUAUCCCUGUGUGGAAAAACCUGACCACGCUGGACAUGAGCCAUAACAGCAUCAGCACCAUCGAUAGCUCAGUGAAACUGAUUCGUGAGGUGGAGUUUCUGGAUCUGAGUCAUAACCAGCUGACCUCGGUGGAAAAUCUCCAGCACCUGUACAACCUGGUCCACGUGGAUCUGUCCUACAACAGCCUGCGGGUCCUUGAGGCUGCUCACACCCGUCUGGGCAACAUAAAAACCCUCAGCCUGGCUGGAAACCAACUGGACCGGCUCACUGGUCUCACCAAGCUCUACUCUCUGGUCAACUUGGACCUCAGCCACAACCAGCUCGCCCAGUUGGAGGAGAUUCGGAACAUCGGCUCUCUGCCCUGUCUGGAGAAACUCAACCUGUCCAGUAAUCCCAUGUGCAUCAUCCCAGACUACAGAACCAAAGUCCUGACCCAGUUUGGAGACCGAGCAGCAGAGGUUUGUCUGGACAGUAAAGUGACGACAGAGAAGGAGCUGGACACAGUGGAAGUGUUGAAAGCCAUUCAGAAAGCCAAAGAAGUCAAAGACAGGAUGAGCAGCAGCGACAAGAAGAUCAGUGAGGAGACCAGGCUGUCUGCUGCUGCACCUCCUCACCUCUCCUCCUCCUCCUCUCCCCUCUCCUCCUCCCCUUGCUCCUCCUCUGCUGUCGCUCCUCUUGCUGUCACCUCCUCUUCCUCUUCCUCCUCUUCCACCUCUUCCACUUCUACCUUUUCCUGUCCGGCCCAGCAGGCUGCCUGCCCCAGCCAAGAAGUGACGAUAAGAGAAGAAGCCGCAGUUUCCCCCAGUGUUCUCCCUCCUGUGGACACGGCACCUCCCCCCGAAAGCUUUAACACCAACACACACAUCCCAUCUGCUGAACCCACCCAGAUCACUGUAAGUGAGAGACAACAACCUGCUGUCAGUCUGAAUGACCACACAACCUGUGGCGCUCCGUCAAGUAUUACUUCCACUACCACCACUACUACUACCACUACUGCUGCUACGACUAGUUCUGUCUGCUGCCUCUGCUCCUCUUUCUCCUCCCGACCAGUUGAAAUUAAUUGCGCGACGUGCAGCGCCACCUGGUGUCCUCUACUUCCUUCUCACUUGCUCUCCCUCUCCUCCAACAAAGACUUCACUACUCACCUCUCUCAGUGUCUCAGUGCCACACUGAAGGAGGAGAAGAAGAAGAGAAACGAGGAGGAGGAGAGGAAGGACGUGACAAGGUCUGAAUGCAGAGAGGUUCAGUCCCAUGAGGAGAGCACAGAGGUGGGCAGUCCCAGUCCAGGCUCUGGGGACGGAUACUUUGAGAUGGUUCUGGAUGACUCUGUGGAGGAGUUGGUCUGCUCCUCCUCUAUGUCGCUCACUGUUCCUUCUUCAGAGGAGCCCGGCGGCCACCCGGAGGAGCUGUGUGCCGAAGAGCAGGAGGAGAUGCACAUCAGUAGAGUUCUGUGGUGCUACUGCCUUCAGGUAGAGGAGGAGGUGGAGCAGAGGCAGGCGUGCCUGGUGCUGACAGACCGACUGCUGGGAAUACUGUGCCUAUCAAAUAGUUUCUCAUGGACCAAUCAGGACGCAGACCUAGAGCAGAAUCCGCCUGUGAAGGAGGUGCUGUCGAGCCUGCAGGUGGACUUCCUGCUGCCUUACUCCCAGCUCCUGCUGUCCUUCAGCGGCGAGCUCCCUGACUGCUGCCUUGCCUUGGGGCUCCGGUCUGGUCCAACCCGCUUGUACAUUUUCUCCGAGACUGAGGCGCUCCGACAGACCAGGACCGAGCUGACGGCGCUGAUGCAGGCAGCAGAUUCCAACACUGACCCCGAGCCCCCAAAUACUCCUCAGCUCCUCCCCCGUUCGCUCAUCAACUCCUGGGAGCUAGAGGAGAGUCAGGGAGCCCAGGGAGGCUACCCUGCCCACCUCCUUCCCUCCUCCUCAUCCUCAUCCUCCGACUCUGCCACAGACACGCAAUCCCUCACGUCGGACAUCCUUUCCCAGAGAGAAGAACCCAGCCUCCCUUCUCUCCUCUUCCUCACCCACCGACACCUCUGGGUGCUGAAGUUGGACUUCAGAGAGUUGGCAGAGAUAGAAAGGCGCAACGGUGACCUCCAUCACUCUUCCUCCUCCUCCUCCUCCUGGUGCAGACUAGUCCGUGUGCCCCUCAGCUCAGUGAUGCUUCAUCCCAGAGAGAGAGCUCUUCAGUUCGGGGGCAGAACCAACUACACAUCCUGCCUCAGCCCAAACCACCACCAGAGGAAAAGUCACACUGUGGAGCUGCUGCUGGGAAAUCAGAGGCUGCUGCUGCUCUUCCCUCUGUCCCGGGACAGGUGCUCCUUCUUGGGGGAGCUGAGUCAGCAGAGAGGCUCUCUGGAAGGGCUCAAGUUGUUGGCCCUGGCCCAAACCUGUCCACACCAAGGAGAACAUACACAAGAAUGUUGCAGAUCGAGAGACCAGUGCUGUUGUACCAGCAGCAGGAAAUCACACAACUACAGCAGCUGGGACUCCUCUCAUCUCCAGCUGGAGGAGAACCAGCCGUCCCCUCACCUCAUCUCAGGUCUCUCCCCGGGACUAAAGCUCCUGGUUGGCCUCAGAGGACAGCAGCUGUUGGCCUUCUUCCACAAAUAUAUAGCACUGUCUGAGGCAGAGGAGGUGAGACAGGUCUUGUGGCUGUCUGUGGUUCUCUACAAGUCUCCAGAGGCUGAGCUCACUUGCUGUCUGCUGCUCUCCAAUGACACAAUCUACUUCCUGUUGGAAGACUCCGCCUCCACCCUCGGUCAUCACUCAGUGUUGGAGAUAACGGACUCUGGAGAUCCAGACGUGUGCCUGUGCUGCUGUCUGUCCAUCAGACUGUCUGAGCUGCUGUCUGUCAAUGUGGGACUUUUUGACCAGUACUUCAGAGUUGUAGGUCGUUCAGCCGAUCACAUCGUGUGCUGUCUCAGCAGGGACAGUUAUGGGACGGGCGUCUUUCUCCAGGAGCUGAUGUCAGCUCUCAGUCUGCAGCAGCAGCUUCCUCCUCCAGAGCCAUCAGAUCAGGACUUCUACUCCCAGUUCACCAACACAAACACAGGUAAGAUGCAGAACUACGAGCUGGUCCACAGCAGCCGGGUGAAGUUUAUUUACCCCAGUGAGGAGGAGAUGGGAGACCUGACCUUCAUUGUGGCAGAGAGGAAGACUGUGGCCAGUGCAGCACCUUCAUCAUCACGCUCCUUUAAUGUCCUGCUCUAUCUGCUGGUUUUCCAGGUCCAGAUCCCCAGCAGUCUCCCCAGCCAAGGCUCCACCCUUUCAGGGGCCUCCACCGCUUCAGGCUCAGCCCUGUCUCCCGUUCUCCAGCCCAGGACCCUGAUCCUGACCAGCACCGACGUGUUCCUACUGGACGAGGACUACAUCAGCCAUCCUCUGCCUGACUUUGCAAAAGAACCUCCCUCGAGGGAGCGGUACCAGCUGCGUGAGGCUCGAAGGAUCCGGGACCUGGACCGCGUCCUGCUGGGCUACCAGACGUACCCUCAGGCUCUGACACUGGUGUUCGAUGACCUGCCCGGUCCUGACUUGCUCUGCCACCUCACCAUGGACCAUUUUGCGGCCGGUGGGGAAGAAACCCUGCCCAGAGGCGGCGGGGCCGGCGGGGGUGCCGAGGGUGAGGUCCAGUGGUGCGUCUUCGUCCCAGGAGCCGACAGCAGGGAGAGGCUGAUCUCGCUACUCGCUCGUCAGUGGGAGGCACUGUGCAGCCGGGAACUCCCCGUGGAGCUAACCGGCUGAUUGGUCGACAGGGAACAGAUGGGUGACUGUUCAUCAUCACCUUGGUGGUUGGUGGGAGCUGAUUGACAGGUGGACUUGUCAUGUGACAGACAUAAUCGACACAUGGAUUCAGAGUCUCGUUGUGUCUAAAGGUGAAGUCCGGCUCUGAUUCAGAAGAAGCAAACCUUUCGACACACCUCCACACCGGGACAAACGUAACAUAUAGAGAGGAUGAGAUUUGUCUGAUUUGAACAGUGAGCUCACCAGGUACCACUUUACACGGCCAUAAAAGUUAAGCUAUGUUCACGGUUACUGAAGUCCUCACCUCAUACCUCAGUAAGUCAAAGAGUAUCUGCUUUAAACAGUUUUGAACGUUUACACACGAAGGUGAGACUCAGUAUCAUGACGCGUGUAACAGCGCACACCAUCAGAUCUAGUCUCUGGAGUCAUUUAUUGUGUUGCACAUGAAAGGUGACACACUCGACUUGUCACCCACCAAACUGGGUGUAACAGUGGAUUUGUCUCGUCACAGUCUGCUACCGGAAAGUUGUGGCGGGAGGUCGUCUCAGACGGUGGCAGAGGAUCCGACGAGCGUUUGGUUUGAAGCUUACUGAAGUGUACUUGUUACAAGAUGGCGACGUGGCUCUGCUCACACACAGAAAAAAACAAGUGUUAGUAAGACCCGACAACCACCAGACUGCCAUCACAGGAUGAGAGGGACCCGUGAACUCACAAGCAGCUGGUAUAAUGGGAGCUUCCGGCACAACCUCACCUGGUGGGUGUCUCACUGAGCAGAAUUAAUUAUACAUUGGGUGACUUGACAGACAGAUGGGUGUUGCACAGAAGGGGGAGCUGCAGAGAGUCCGCAGGAGUCCGAUUUUAAUCUUCUUAAAGGAGUAGUUCGUCAUUUCUGGUAAAUCCUCUUGUUCUGAUUCUUCGGAUGGUCAAUCGAAAGUGUUAAAAAAAAAAAGUUUGCCAACUCCAAAGCUUUUUGAUUUACUUGUUAUAUAUGUAAAGUUGAUCUUAAAACCAAAAAGCACUUUUGUAUGUUUCCAUUUGUUCAGUCUGAAACAAGAAGCAAGAGGAUUUCUUAAAAUGUUGGACUGUUAUUUUAAGUAACACACUCACACACACAGCUGCUCUACACAAUCUGCUUUCUGAACAUUUUAUUUCUUGCACAUUAUAAUUGAAGCAGUAUUACUUAACUGUAAAUUUAAGCUUUUUAUUAUUAUAUGAAUUUAAUUAAUGCUUUGGGAGAUUUUGUACCAAGACACGAAGGUCCUGAUAUUUCCAACAUGAACUCUGAAAUGUUUGAAAUUCAAUAUCGUCAUCACUUAUUAUUUUUGUGUUUUGUUUUAUUGUAUAUCAUGUUUUAUUUUCUUACUGUUGACAAAUGGGAAGCCGACCACUGUUGGACCUCCCCAUUCUUCAUCGCUGUUUAUGUUACAUGUCAUUGUCUUGUUAAAGGGGAAUGCCACUGAAUUAAAGUGAAGCUGAAAACUCCCCAUGUUA